GCGGGGGCAGACAUAUCCUUGUCUCUAUUGGACAUCUAUAAAUCGUGGUUGAAAAACUCCAAAAAGAAAAAGGCGAAGAAAUCAGCCAGAUGUUCCAGUCCAGGAAAAAAAGAAAAGACGCCAACUACAGGUAAAGUCACCACUCCGAGGAAGAAGGCUGAUAAACCUGUUAACAGUCCAGCUUUGUCAGAAAAGUCUGGUUCACAAAAAAGAAAAAAAGGUGAAGGAAAAUCUGCAAAAAGUGUCGUCAAAGCAAAGAAACUAAAGCUGGACGCUACGGACGAUGCAGCGGCGGCUGGUGGGGGGGAUUCGGACUCUGACAGCAGUCUGGAUGUGGAGAAGUGGAAGAAACUGUUUUUCCAGAUGAGCGAGACAGACUUAGCCAAGAUGGAAAUCAUCAACGCCCUGGACCCGUCUCCACCCGAGCCCAAGAAAAAGAGAGUCAGGAAGCCACGUGCCAAACCUCCUCCCAAGGCUGCCGCAAAUGCUCACAACGAUAACGGAGUGGCUGAAAAGAACUCAAACGUUGAGGAGGAAGCUGUGGAACAGAUAACGAUGUCAUCGAAGAGCAAACUCAAAAAGAGCGGAGCAGAAGACACAGCACACGUCUCGUCCUCCGAGUCCCGGAUGAYAAACAUCGCAUCAAAGGAAAAACCAGCUGCGUCCACAGUGUCACCUGAAAAACAGACUCUGUUUAAAAUGUACAUGAGCCUUUUAACUCCCCAUGAAGAAAAAACUACUGGUGAGCCAGCACCUGAACCCAAGAAGAAGAAGAAAAAGAAAGAAAGUGGAUCACACGAGGACGACACAGCAAGGGACGCAGAGCAGACGGUUGAAAAAGUUGUUAAAGAAAAGAAAAGAAAAAGUGCAAAAACUGAGAAAAACGAGGUGGAACAAAAUGGAAAUUGUUGCACUGAGCCGGCAGUACAAGAAAAGAAGGCAAAAAAGAAGAAGAAAGAGAAAACCAGAAGUGAGGACAGUUCAGCUGAAACAGCCGAAAAAACAGAAGUAAAGAAAAAGACAAAAGCAGUCGAAGGUGAAAAGAUUUCAGGACUAAAUUCAGCUGAGGAGAUAAACACAGACCAGACUGUAACAAAUCCUAAUAAAACUGAGAGUGAGGAAAGAUUAGAGGAGAAGGUGAAACAAAAAAAGGUGAAAAGGAAAAAAGAAAAGGUGGUCCGUGAGGAAAAUCUACAGGUGGAAACUGCCGAAGCAGAAGAAAAUAUAGAGCAAAUAAUUGAAGAUGAAGAAAGUCCUGAGCUUAUAGUUAAGAAAAAGAAAGCAAAGAAGAAGAAAAAGGAGUCAGCUGACAUUGAGAAUAAUCCAGAAGAAGUUCAGGAAAUGAAAGAAAAACCGAAGCACCACGAUGAAGGCAUUUCAGAACAGACUGAUAAAGAAAAAUCAAAGAAAAAACACAAGUCUAGUCAUGAGGUGAUAUCAAACGAAAAAGACAUGAAAUCCACUCCAGAGAGGACAAACUGUGCUCCAAAACAUGAACAUGUGGAACAUUUAUCUGUUCAUAAAGAUUUACUGGAAGGAUCGAACCAGGAGACAACAACACCCAAAAAGAAGAAAAAGAAAAGCAAACUAAAAUCAGAGGAGGUUGCAGAAGAAGCUGGAGUUUCUCCUCAGAAAGUUCCAACAACACAAACCACACCAGCUGACUCCCACAGAAAGAAAAAGAAAUCCACACCACAGUCCUGAGGAAAACUGACUUCAUCUCUGCAGAAUCUGAAGAUGAAGCCACAUGCAAAACAAAUUGUAAACAAAUUAUAUUUUUGUUACGGUACUGCAUUUUCAUCUUAUUUCACUUUACAAGUAAAUGCCCCUUGUAAUCAUGUAUGUCUCAGGAAUUUCACCCGAGGCGUAAAAUUUUAAUUUUACAUUACAUUUUUUAAUGUUGACCUCAGUACAAUAAUCAAGAGAAAUGUGUUUUUGUCUCUCUUUGAUUUUUUUAUAUUUACUACUAUCUUGUCAGUUUCCCACUUGGCACCAAGUGGGAAACUGGUGCCAAACACCAAGGUUAURUGAGUGAAAAAAAAUUUGCAUACUCUGUAAUGAAGCAUACUUAGGAAAAGUAACAGAGUUGUUGUUUUAAUUGUUUUGGCAUUUGGGUGUUUUGCAAACAAGAUUUAAAAAAUUGAUAACUGCAGAUUUUCCUAUAUACAUUGUACAUAACUGUUUUUUUAUUACAAAUUAAACUUUGUUUUUUAUUGUGAUUGUGUAACAAGUCCUCUAGUGUUGAAGAAGAGAUAAAUACAUCAAGCUGAGGCAUAUUCAU